AUGAGUCUUCAAGACAGUCUUUUUGCAGAAGAAGUCGAAUACGACGUAACAUUAUUUGCCAAAAAUAAUACUCUACUUGUUUUUCCACCGGUUAAUAAUUACAGAAGGUUCUUAAUUCACUCGAUUGUGCAAAACAAUUUUCAAGAACUUAGUACUUUUUCUAUUGGGCAAGGAUACGAGAGGAGGACUGUCGUUUGUUUCAAGAGAGACUUCUUGAAAGAGUUUCAGUUGGAUGGUGUCCAAUCAAGAAACAAAAGUGAGCUUAAAACUUGGAAAUCUAAUAUGGGCGUUGAGGGACCUUUAACAUCUAUCGAUAAUUCUAAACAAAAACCAGUUAAAUCGACCCCAGCUGUUGAAAUUUACCGGCCACCAGCAGCUAGAAGAUUACAAACUCCAACUACCUCUACAGAAUCAUCACAAACAAAAACGAAACAAAGACGACCAGAUCGAGCAGUGUAUGUCCCAAAACAGCGUCGAAGUGUCGAUGAUUCACAAAAUGAAAAUCCAUCGACGAAAAACACUCGAAGAUCUAAAUCUGCGAAAUCUCUUUCAUCUGAACCCACAGAGGAAAAUUCCAGUCAAAUCAGUCCCGUUGAGAUUAAAAAUUCAGCGAACGCGGAAACUCUCACGGUUAAAGAAGUAGCUGACUUGGAUGUUAACUCGGAAGUAAAAGUAAAAGAAAAAAACGUAGAAGUAGAAGUUGAGUCAGAGUCAGUAGAUAGUUCAAACUUAAAAGGGCAUUUUAACUCUGAUGAGUGCAUUGAAGACACAGAAAUGUGUGAGGAUAAAUUAAACGUUGAAGAUGGCGUAGACAAGCAGAAAUGUAGUAAUAUUAUUAAGCCUAGAAACUUAGUAUCGGAUGUUUUAAGAAUAUCAACAAGUGAUAAUACCGAGAGUGCAAUUGUUAAUAAGAAGACGGAAGUUGAUCAGGAAAAUGAUGGCUUAUCAUCGACGACAAAUGUCUCGCCGUUGAGACUACCGGAAAAAAAACCGAAGAAAGUUGCCAGGACUAAGAGCAAACCUGCGUCACCUCCGUCACCGCCAGUUAAAAUAAACCGCGAUGAGUGCGAUUGGGACAGUCUCUUUGAUGACAAUGGCGAGUGCUUAGAUCCCACAUUAAUUGAGGAGUUGACGGAAGCCGUGGGAGAAGUGACGAUAGAGCAACCAAAAAACGACUACAAAGCAUUUAGUAGACCUGUCGAGGUAUCUAACGACGAAUUUGGGCAUGUUGUAGAAAUUUACAACUUUCCAUCAGACUUCAAGACAAGUGAUCUUGCAACCGUGUUCAGUCCUUUCAAGAACGGUGGUUUUGAACUCAAGUGGGUCGAUGAUACUCAUUGUCUGGGUGUAUUUAGUAGUCCUCUCGUAGCUGCUGAAGUAUUGGCAUCAGAUCAUGCUUUUGUUAAAACACGUCCUCUGAGUGAAGCAACGGCCUUGAGCAAAACAAAAGCCAAAAGGAGCGCUGAAUUUUUACAACCUUACAGAAGUAGACCUGAAACAUGUGCAGCGCUUGCUAGACGGCUCGUUACUGGGGCUCUUGGUGUGAGAUUGGCAACUGCUAGACAAGAAAGAGAACACGAGAAAGUUGUAUUGCGUGAAGCUAAGGAGCGACGCAGAUUGGCUGCCAAACAACGUGAAGAUAUUUGGGAAGGUAUUAUUGCCCAAAAAUGAUGAUAAUUAA